GAGGCGCUUCCCAUUUCGAUUGAGAGAUUCAGCUUCUCCGUUUUGGCUCUGGGAUAAUUCCUUGAGUUUCCCCUUUAACCGCCCAGUUUUGUUUUUCUGAUUGUCGGCAAUUAUUUUGCCUCCAGAGUAUGUUUUACUCUGACAUUCUGAGAGAAAGCCGACAGCAGCAGACAGACAUUCGGGAGGCUGCUUCUCUGCGCCUGCAGAGGCGAAUGAAACAAGCUGUCCAGUUCAUCCAUAAAGACUCGGCAGAUUUAUUGCCCUUGGACGGGCUAAAAAAACUGGGCACCUCCAAAGAAACCCAACCACAUAAUAUUCUGCAAAGACGUUUACUAGAAAGCAACUUGUCAAAAUUUCAAGCCAACAACCGAGGGACCGGGCCUUCUAACAAUUCGUUUCCGGUGCAGAACAAGAGCUUUCAUCAGAUUAAACAAGAAUUUCACAGAAGAACACAUGGUGAUGAUGACCUGAUAUUUGUGUGUUGCAAGUGUGCUGGAUUAGAGACGACGUUACAGAUUGACACUGGCUCUGGAUAUAAUCUCAUUUCAACUGCCUGUGUGGAUAAUCUGGGGCUGAUGGAACUUGUGAAAACAGAAAAGGGUGAAACUGAAACAAUGGGUAUGCCCUUUAGUUUAAAGGUCAUUGGCCAAAUGGACAAUAUUGCAAUCUCUAUAGGGCAACUCGAUAUUAAGUGUUCAGCAAUUGUGGUGGAUGAUGAUAAGAAAAUUCUCUCUCUUGGAUUGCAGACCUUGAGAUCUUUGAAGUGCAUAAUCGACAUGGAAAAACAAUAUUUAAUUCUUGGAGAGAAAGAGAAAGAGGAGAUUCAAUUUCUGAAUAUUGACAGCAGAUUGAAUAUUGAUGGCUCUUCUUGAAGUACAGAAGUUGAAAUAUGUGACGGAAGUAAACAUUUAAUUUGCAGAAGUGUUCUUCGAUGGCUCAUGCAUUUGUAUGACAAAACAACCAAUCUACGGCUUGUCUGACACCUUCCUACUUCUGGUUUUGUCUUUAAUACAAGUUUUCAGAAUGAACAUGGAAUUUUCUAGCAUUUAGACAAUCGUAUAUCCUCUUCAGUCUUUUAUUUCAGAAUAUACAAUACAAAAUAAAAUUAUAGAAAUAACUUCCUGUACCUUGUUUAAAAAUAUUGACCGUGAGUAUUAAUUUUGAAACAAAAUAAGUUUAUUCUAUUUGUGAGUUGACUGACGUGCACAGUGGUAAAAUAGAGUUUAACCUGUCAGCCUCAUAAUAUUUGGUGAUGUGUUUCUGCAGUAUAAUCUCUUGUAAUCUACAAGACCUGUAUUUGUAUUUGUGGCACUUUCUACUACUUUCUACAGUAAAACAAAUAACUGGUGAAUAAUUUUACAACAUACAUUAAGAUACUUUUUGAGCAUAAAGAUUUAAUAGAAUGUUCAAGUUAUUAUAGAUGUAGAAACUAAUGUGGAAUU